UUCAAUUCCAUUGGAGAUAUUCUCCUGUGAAAGAAGAAAGGAAGAAAUUGCGUAGAACUCUGUUUUUUCACGUUCUCGUCUCAAGUUUUAAAAAAUUGCGGGGUCGAUUUUGGAAGUUCGAAUAAAAUAUUAGGUCAAAAGUAAUAAAACCCUGACUGUUUACUGCAGUUCAUAAACACUACUAAGGUAGUAGUAAUUCUGGAACUCUGGUAAAAGGCUGAUAAAACCCACAAAACCCUUAAAGAAUCUUGGUUAUUCCAACACUACAAGCUCUUCUUCUUUGUUAGUUGAUUGGUGGUAAACCAGAAGAAGGCAUGGAGAAGCCACAGAAGAAACAGGUAUUACUUUAUCACUGUGUGGAGGCAGAGGACCUUGCUAGGAAAAUCGCUGCUCAAUCAGAAUUCAUUCAGCUCCAAACUAUUAACUGGAGGAGUUUUGAUGAUGGGUUCCCUAAUCUUUUUAUAAACAAUGCUCAAGAUAUUAAAGGACAGCAUGUGGCUUUUCUAGCAUCAUUUAGUUCCCCUGCGGUGAUAUUCGAACAGCUUUCUGUCAUAUUUGCACUUCCAAGGCUGUUUGUGGCUUCAUUUUCACUGGUGUUGCCUUUCUUUCCAACUGGCUCUUUUGAGCGGAUGGAAGAAGAGGGGGAUGUAGCCACUGCGUUCACCAUGGCGAGAAUUUUGUCCAACAUACCUAUAUCAAGGGGUGGUCCAACAAGUUUAGUCAUUUAUGACAUACAUGCAUUGCAGGAAAGAUUUUACUUUGGGGAUCAAGUUUUGCCUCUCUUCGAGACAGGGAUACCACUGUUGAAACAGCGGCUUCACCAGCUUCCUGACUCUGAGAAGAUAGUUAUUGCUUUUCCUGAUGAUGGUGCAUGGAAACGAUUCCACAAGCAGCUUGAUCACUUUCCCAUGGUAGUUUGUAAUAAAGUACGUGAGGGUGAUAAACGAAUUGUCAGGUUAAAAGAGGGUAAUCCAGAAGGCUGUCAUGUUGUGAUAGUUGAUGACUUAGUUCAGUCAGGAGGUACUCUAAUUGAGUGCCAGGUAAGAGUCCUCUCUUCCCUGAAAGUACCACCAUAUUGACCUGAAUAUCCCAUAAAGUUGCAAGUCCCUGAAAGUUCAAAGAAAGAAAGAAAGUCUAUGAUUAUUUGCUAGUCCUUUCUCUUUUUGGGGUUUGUUAGCACACUAUGAUGGAUAUGGAGUUUUUAUUUGGUCUCGCAUGUAGUGCUGCAAAGCUUCUGAAUAAAAAGGGGAGAAAAGACAUUGCUACUUCAAAGUGAUAUUUGGACUUCAUAGUUAUGACGCCUGCAUGCUUAAGAACCAUCGGACACGGUUUUUGACUAGAGAAACACCAGUAACUAAUUGCACUACUUGUUGAUAGAUGCAGUUUGCUCCUCUGUUAUUUUUGUGGUUCUAAAUCCAGUUAUGCUCGACACUUUUUUUUUGCCGAACAAUUACAGUGUGACUGAUUGGAUACAAAUGUAAUUUUAACACUGUUGCAUUUCCCAAUUGGUGCAUUACUCUCAUCUUGCAGAAAGUUUUGGCCGCUCACGGGGCUGCCAAAGUUAGUGCUUAUGUCACCCAUGGUGUUUUUCCAAAGCGGUCAUGGGAACGGUUCAUGCACAAGAGUGAAGGUAACAGAAUGCUUCUGUCCUUGGUAGUUUCACAUGUUAUUGAUUGGCUUACUUCUUACUCAUUCUUUUUGCCACUUUUUUUAUGCUCUGAAUCCCAGACUCGGAGAAAGCGUUUGCCUAUUUCUGGAUCACAGAUUCAUGUCCUCAUACCGUGAAAGCAAUAGCAGAUAAAGCACCAUUUGAAGUUCUAAGUCUUGCAGGGUCAAUAGCGGAUGCUCUCCAAACUUAAAGAAUCAAGGAUGCUUCUGCUUUGGUUCAAAGAGCAGGUAAAAGCUAUGAGUCAAGAGUAUUUUCUCAGCAAUUGAUUUGAGGUUAAGAGUGGCACUAGAAUACCACUUUCUAAUAUAUAAUAUGUAUUUGAAUUCCUUACUUAUCAUUGGUAUUAUUGUUAUUUCUUCUUGUUAAGUAUUCUGAAAACAUCAUGAACUCUUUCCUUAAUGGGAUUCGGUAAGCUAGCAAGUGACUUCUUCUGCUACCAUAUUGCUUUAACAUUACAAAUCAGUGGGGAAUCAAACGCAAGGAAUGUCAGUACAUAAAACAGGGUCAGAAGUCGGAACAAAGAGGCGUAUCUUUAUGGAUGAUUGUAUAUUAAGUAGAUAUUAUCAAUGUACACUGUACAAUGGUUUUUCUGUGUUAAAAGCCUUCGCCCUCUGUUUGCUCUAAACUCUGGAGUACGAAAUUAGCAUAAGCCCUAGGUGUUGCCCUAGUGGCCACCAACCAAGGUCUUGUGUUGGGCCAGAAAAAGGAGCAGGUUUCGAACCCCCCUUCCGACACUUCCUUCCCCCCAGCUUCGAACUUCUUUUCUUUCUGGUGAUCAGAUACAAUUCGUGCUUUAGGCACACUUUGUAUGUUAUCGUGAGAGCUUCAUCCCACUUUGGGUUAUGGCAACAGAAAUUAUAAUGUAAUGUUAUCAACCAACCC